CCCACAUAGCCAGCCUUUUCUCAACCUGCUCAGCUCCUUCCCCCCUCCCGACCGCCCAGGAACUCGCCUCAAAGGGCAAGGUCAUGAAGCAAUUGCUCUAGAAUGUCAAGCAAGUCCGCUCUCAAGGCGGUGCGAACAGCACUCGACUCGAAGGAUUUCGAGCUCGCCGCUGAGAAGGCCAAAGCCAUUGUGCAACGCGACCCUCAGAUCUACCAUGCAAAUGUCUUCCUUGGCCUCGCUCUCGAUAAGCUCAACAAAAACGGCGAAGCUGAAACAGCCUAUCUCUCGGCAAUUCGCGUCAAAGACAACGACAAAACGGCGUGGCAGGGACUCAUCAACCUAUACGAGAAACAGGGAGCUCAGAAGCUAGAGCCGUAUCGCGAGGCAGUCAUCAGGCUUGGUCAACUAUUCGCGGAAUCAGAUGACAACAAGCAUCGUUGUCAGGAUCUAGUGGACAAGUAUAUCGGUUUCGCAAAGAGGAACGGUUCUCGCCCACAGUAUAAGAAAGCCCUCGAACUGCAGCUGCCGUCAUGCCCACUCUACGAUUUCCUCGAGGGAAGAAUUCCCCAUCCUGCGCACACGUAUCUCCGAUUGAUAGAAAUGACCGAAGCAGAGGAGAAAGAGUUCAUCAACCGAGAGAUAGGAGAGAGACGUACUCGUCUGGGCGCGAAGAUAGAUCAGGUCACACUGGAGGUUAAGCGGGAGGCUUUCAAACGGAGUGAACUAGAGCAGCUAUACCGUGGGAUCGUGGACUGGUCUCAUGACGACCAAGUUCGACGCACUUACGAAGAGAAAUCGCUGCAACGGGCGAAUGAUGUCCUUGCUGUUCUACCGGCGAAUGAAAAAGAUGCCAAGCGAGCAGAGGUGCUGCAAGCUGCACACGACAUGGUGAUCAUCAAACACCCGUUCGAGCUCGCCUGGAAAAUUGUGCUCGAAUGGCAGGAUAUUCAGAACUUCUCGGAAUGGGAUCGUAACUUCCUAGAUGACUUUAUCGAAUUCUUUCCCGAAGAUGGACUUACGAAGCUCCUCAAGGGUUUCUUGGCCAGUGAUUUAUCACCGUUCCCGAAAGAAAAAGAACCCAAAGAGCCCAAAGAAACUCCGAAGAAGGACGAAGAGACCGAAAAUGAUAGCGAAAGCAAUGAACUUGGUGUUCAGGAUAAUUUGCUCUUGAUGGUGGAAGGACUUGAAGCAUCAUCCUCUUCGAUCGUGGCACACCAGGUUGUUGGCGAACUUUACCUCUCGCUUGAAGAGUACGACAGUACGGUCGAAGUCUGUCGUAAAGGGCUUCGGAACAUCCAAGAUUUGGUGAGGAGGACUGGUAUUAACAUGGGAAAUACGACAGACUCGCUCAACAUAAUGCUUGCGAACUCCCUCAUCUACUACCAGUCUCCACGACAUCACCCUGAGGCAAAGCGUGUCUUUGAAGAGAUUCUGAAUAGGAAGCCAAAGUCUACAAGCUGUCUACUGGGUAUCGGUCUGAUUCUCAAGGUCGACGAAGAUUACUCCGAAGCCGUCAACUUCUUGGAGCGUGCCCUCGAGCGAGACCCGUCGAAUAUCAUGGUCCGCGGUGAGCUGUCAUGGUGCCAGGCGCUCAAAGGGGACCUGGCAUCUGGCCUGGAUGGUCUUCAGGACGUGCUUGCAGAACUUCAGGAUGCACCAUCAGAGAACAGGGAAUUCAAGUCCGAGAUCCUUUAUCGGGUGGGAUACUGUCAGUGGGAAAUUGACCCAUCGCCGGCUGCACGUAAAGACCGGACUGGUGCGUAUGCCAGUUUCCUCGCAUCAAUCCAGUCCAACAUGAAUUUCGCACCCGCUUAUACGAGCCUUGGAUUUUACUAUGCGGAUUACAAGAAAGACAAGACACGGGCACGCAGAUGUUUCCACAAGGCGUUCGAGUUAUCGGCAUCCGAGAUCGAAGCAGCGGAGAGACUUGCCAAGGCUUUUGCCGAUCAGAGGGACUGGGACCUUGUUGAAGCCGUGUCCCAGCGUGUUGUGGAUUCGGGAAAAGCGAAACCUGCCCCAGGCUCGAAGCGCAGAGGCUAUAGCUGGCCCUACGCAGCUUUGGGCACGGUCCAAAUCAAUAAACAACAGUAUCCAAAGAGUAUCGUCUCGUUCCAAGCCGCGCUGAGAAUAUCUCCAAAUGAUUAUCACUCCUGGGUCGGUUUAGGCGAGAGCUAUCAUCAUUCUGGCAGGUUCAUUGCCUCUACCAAAGCGUUUGAGCAUGCACAGCAACUGGAGGAUGCCCUCUCCAGCUCAGAGAAGGAGCAAAUUUGGUUCGCAAGGUACAUGUUGGCGAAUGUUAAACGAGAACUUGGCGAGUACGACGAUGCUAUUGCAAGAUACGAGAACGUCUUACAAGUGCGGCCGAACGAAUUUGGGGUGGCGAUUGCGCUGCUGCAGACGCUUACAGAGAGUUCAUGGAAGAGUCUCGACCUGGGGCUCUACAACGACUCUAUCGAGCUGGCACGUAAGGCUGUACUGGUGGCGAAGUCGCUUGCUCUGGAAAGGGUAGAUGUGUUCAACCUAUGGAAAGGAAUUGGAGACGCCUGCACACUCUUUUCUUACGUUCGGUCAAAAGCAGGCAGAUUGCCGAUUAAAGAGCUACAAGAUCUGCUGGCGACCCAACUUGAACCUACAGCAUUGGACAUCUUGACGGAGGUUGACAACAUCGGUCAGGAUUAUUUGGAUUCACUAGCACCCGAUGAGAACAUCGAUCUGACAAACCAAUACCUAUAUGCCGCAAUUCUGGCAUUCAAGCGUGCCAUUCAGGUUUCCUUGCGAGAUAGCCAUGCCCAGGCCGUUGCCUGGUACAACUUGGGCUGGGCAGAAUACAGAGCUUACAGGUGCCUGCAAACCGUCUCAAGCGCCGAAGGCAAGAAGCAGUCUCGAAAGUUCUUGAAGGCAGCAAUGCGCUGCUUUAAGAGGGCCAUUGAACUGGAGGCCGGAAAUUCCGAAUUCUGGAACGCACUUGGAGUGGUGACUACGAGCAUGAGCCCCAAAGUCGCACAGCAUGCAUUCGUCCGCAGUCUUCAUCUAAACGACAGGAGUGCGCAAGUCUGGACAAAUCUGGGGACGCUUUACCUCAUCCACAACGAUAUCCAGCUCGCCAACGAGGCCUUCACCCGGGCACAGUCAACCGACCCCGACUACUCCCAGGCUUGGGUUGGGCAAGGAUUCCUGGCUCUGUUGUUCGGAGAUCCCCAGGAAGCGAGAGGCCUGUUUGAGCAUUCCUACGAUAUCUCCAAUUCGUCGUCCCGCUUGUCCAAGAAGCAGUACACGAUGAGUCUGUUUGACUACCUCCUGUCGGAUUCGUCACUUUCGAAUGAGAUAUCACAAAUGAUUCAGCCAUUCUUUGCUUUGCACCAACUGUCCAGCCAAGACCCGUCCGAUCUGCCAUUCGUCCAUAUUUCUUCCCUUCUGGCUGAAAGAAUUGGCGAGUACACAGAUGCCGAAUCUAGUUUGCGGACAGUUUGCACAGGCAUGGAGGCGGAAUACGAAAUCACUGAGUCGGCGUCGUCCCUUUCCCGGUUUGCACAGGCAAAUGCAGAUAUUGCUCGCGUGCUCCUCGCACGCCAUGAAUUCGAAGAAGCUGCAGAAAAGGCGGAGACAGCUCUUAUGCUUUCUGGAGAGGAGGAUGCAGAGAAGUUUGACCCAGAGACUAAUAGGAAACUGCGCCUGUCCGCCCAUUUGACAGCGGGUCUGGCGCACUACUACAUGAAGUCCAUGGACAAUGCCAUUGAUAUGUUCCGGGAUGCCCUUCAGGAAGCAGAUAAUGCCCCGGAGGUAGUGUGUCUUUUGGCACAGGUGCUGUGGGCCAAGGGUGGAGAGGAGGAGCGCGCCGUGGCUCGUCAGCAAUUAUUCGACUGUGUUGAGGAACACCCGGAGCACAUUGGGGCCGUCACGCUUCUAGGAGCUAUCGCGCUCCUCGAUGCUGAUAAGGAUGCGAUCGAGGCAGUUGAGUCUGAUCUUCAAAACAUGAUAACGAGAGAUGACGUCGAGAUUCACGAACGCGCCAAGCUAAUUAAGCUUCGGACUGGCAUUUCUACCCUGGGAUACACGGACACUUCCGGCGUCCCCGAGGAAGUUCGACGAGUUGGAGAGGCCACGGCGGCAGUGAUGAGAGCGCCGUUUGAAGCCCAGGGCUGGGUAGUGUUGGCGUCCGCUACACAAGAACUGUAUCCUGCCGAGAUGGCCAGCAAACGGGCGUUGAGGAGCGUUCCUCCCCAGAGCAAUCUGGAUGCCGUCGAUCUCUCCACCGCAUAUUCUCAGACUGGAAAGGCCAGCGACGCCCAGCGGGCGAUCAUGGUUGCACCGUGGAAGCAAAGUGGGUGGGAGGAACUGAGCCAUGCGGUUUCGACGACCAACUAGACCUUGUAGUUAGCAUGCACAUCGUCUGUAAUAAAUCAGACAAGACAAACCACAAUAGAGAUAUGAGUAACGAAGAAGAUUCGUGAAAGCAUACCUACCAUCCGCACGUCUCUUCAAUCCCUAUAGUAAUCCACAUAACCAACCAACCAACCACUACG